AGACAAACCCCACCUCGUUUAGAACAACGUAAAUUCAAGUUGCGUAUCACAUCGUUGGCAAUUUGAUUUAUAUAACAUCUUAAAAUUGAUCUUUUAAGCUAUACUUAUACAAUUGUAUCCACAUUGUAAGUUAUUUUCCUAUUUAAUUGGGACAAUUGAAUUGUAUCUUAGAUACAUUUAUUGUUACUGAAUAAAACUUCAAGGAUAAAUAGUUUCUAGUAGAAUAUUGGAGACAUUCAACGGUGAAGGAAUUGUUUCAAAUUAAAAUUGAAAAGGAUCGCUACUUUUUUCAUAGGGAUUUUAUUCGUUUUCUCAAAGCAUGAAACAGGCCACUGCAAAAACGGAGAUGAGCCGCUUCAACAUUUCCCCUGAUGAGGAUAGCAGUGUCAGUUCCAAUAGUCAUGAAUACAGUUCCUGUCCAACCAAGAAGGUUCCUAUUGACAGUCAGUAUCCCGAUAUGGAUGCGGAGAGUCAAAACUUCCUUCCAGACUACCACCUGGACAAGAAGAAGUAUGAAACAGAUUAUCAUCCGGGCACCGCCUCUUUUGGAAUGUCAGUCUUCAACCUGGGCAAUGCUAUUAUGGGCAGUGGCAUCCUUGGUCUCUCCUAUGCCAUGGCCAACACUGGCAUUGCACUCUUUGUAAUUCUCCUGGUGGCUGUGUCCAUCUUCUCCCUGUACUCUGUGCACUUGCUUCUAAAAACAGCCAAUGAAGGAGGGUCGCUGGUCUAUGAACAGCUGGGUUACAAGGCCUUCGGCAUGCCCGGGAAACUGGCUGCAUCUAUCUCCAUCACCAUGCAGAACAUCGGAGCCAUGUCCAGCUACCUCUACAUUGUGAAGUACGAGCUGCCGAUCGUUAUCCAAGCCUUCAUGGGAGCUACCAACGGAGAGUGGUAUGCGAACGGGGACUAUCUUGUGAUCCUGGUGUCAGUUGUCAUCAUCCUGCCACUCUCACUUCUCAGGAACCUUGGUUACCUUGGUUACACAAGUGGUUUCUCCCUGCUUUGCAUGGUGUUCUUCCUGAUUGUGGUGAUCUAUAAGAAGUUCCAGAUCCCGUGCCCUUACGUCCCUAACAUGGACGUGAUACUGAACGAGACGGUUAGCAAAGUCCUGAACAACACAAUGGGCUUCCUCAACACCACCGCCGUCGUCUACGAGGACAUCUGCACACCCAAAUACUUUGUCUUCAACUCUCAGACUGUGUAUGCUGUUCCUAUCCUGACGUUCGCCUUUGUCUGCCACCCCGCCGUCCUGCCCAUGUACGAGGAGCUUAAAGAUCGUUCCCGUAGAAAGAUGCAGGGCGUGGCCAACGUGUCUUUCCUGGCCAUGUUCAUCAUGUACCUGCUGGCUGCUCUCUUCGGAUAUCUGACCUUCAACGUGAAUGUGGAGCCCGAACUUCUGCACACCUACUCCAAGGUCUACAAGUCUGACGUGAUCCUACUCAUCGUUCGUCUGGCCGUGCUGACAGCUGUCACCCUGACUGUCCCUGUGGUGCUGUUUCCCAUCCGCACGUCAGUCAACCAGCUGCUGUGUGCCUCCAAGGAGUUCAGCUGGAUCCGCCACACCAUCAUCACCGUGGUUCUGCUGGCCAGCACAAACUGUCUGGUCAUCUUCGUCCCCACCAUCAGAGACAUCUUCGGCUUCAUUGGUGCAUCUGCGGCAGCCAUGUUGAUCUUCAUCCUGCCCUCGGCCUUCUAUAUCAAACUGGUCAAGAAGGAGCCCAUGAAGUCUGUGCAGAAAAUUGGGGCAUCCAUCUUCCUGUGCAGUGGUUUCUUCGUCAUGAUCGGCAGCUUGACCCUCAUCACCCUUGACUGGAUCAACAACGCCUCACAAGCCUCCGACGGACACUAGGAUACCUCAUCCAU